CCAAAAUAAUCACAACACACUCCACCCUCAAUUCUCACCACCCUGCGCACAUUAGCAAAAAAAAUGGCAACUGCAACAGCAACUGCUGCCACCUCAUCCUUCAUUGGAACUCGUCUCCGUGCAGUGGAGACGGUUUCCGGUAGGGUUCAAGCCCGAUUCGGAUUCGGAAAGAAGAAAACCGCACCGAAGAAAACAUCAAGGCCUGGUCCGACUACCGACCGUCCGUUGUGGUUUCCCGGAGCAAAAUCGCCGGAUUGGCUUGACGGAAGCUUGGUCGGAGAUUACGGAUUCGAUCCGUUUGGUUUGGGGAAACCGGCGGAGUACUUGCAAUUCGAUCUUGAUUCGCUUGAUCAGAAUUUGGCAAAGAAUCUUGCCGGAGAUGUGAUCGGAACUAGGACGGAGUUUGAUGAUGUUAAAUCGACGCCGUUUCAACCUUAUAGUGAGGUUUUUGGACUUCAGAGGUUUAGAGAAUGUGAAUUGAUUCAUGGUAGGUGGGCUAUGCUUGCUACUCUUGGUGCUCUUACCGUUGAAUGGCUUACCGGUGUUACUUGGCAAGACGCCGGAAAGGUGGAGCUUGUGGAAGGAUCAACAUAUCUAGGACAACCACUUCCAUUCUCAAUCACAAGUUUAAUUUGGAUAGAAGUUCUAGUAAUUGGAUACAUUGAAUUCCAAAGAAAUGCAGAGCUUGACCCAGAAAAGAGACUAUACCCAGGUGGCAAAUUCUUUGACCCACUUGGCUUAGCUGCUGACCCAGAGAAGAAAGCAGUUCUUCAAUUGGCUGAAAUCAAACAUGCUCGUCUUGCAAUGGUUGCUUUCCUUGGUUUUGCAGUUCAAGCUGCUGCUACUGGUAAAGGCCCUCUUAAUAAUUGGGCUACACAUUUGAGUGAUCCUCUUCACACUACCAUCAUUGACACCUUUUCUUCCUCUUAAUUAGUUCUUGGUUAAGUCAUGUACUAUUCUCCAUAUAUAUAUAUAUAAUUGUGACUUUGGAAAUGUCUUUUGGCAUUGGUUGUAAACAUUGUGCUUAGUUUAAUAUAACUAGUAGUACUUUUGCCAACUUGCUAAUGGGAAUUGGAAUAUUUAAGCA